AUGAAGUUUCACGGAUUUUAUAACAUUUAUUCAAGUCCUUCGAAAAUUGUCCGUGUUAACACCAACGACGAAUAUGAUUCUUACGAUUCUACUUACGAGCGUCCAGAUUCGCCUGUGACGAGUGAAGGGUACGAUCCUAACAAAUAUAUUUAUUCACAGUCGAGUUCCGACGAUUCGUCGACGAUUUCGGACGACGAGUUUUUCAAGGAUUUUAUCGAGGAAAAACAAGAUUACGAUCAGAGGGCGACACAGGAAUUCAUAUGCUUACGGUCUGCAUGCGCUCAAAGGUUUACUAGCGAACUUGCCCUACAGCUGCACCAAGAACUAUAUCAUACGCAAAUUCCGCUCGUUUAUAUUGAACCGGAAAAUCCUGUAAAGCUGAAGGCAUACAAGAGGACUAAAAUCUCAACAUCCUCACCGCACACUCUAACCAACUCCAAAUUCGACGGUGAAAAUCAUGUUGCUCACAAAGUUCAAAAUAGAGAGAACCAUAGAUUAAAUGCGUACAAAUGUUUCAUCCCAAGUUGUGAUAAAGCGUUUGCGACUGCCGAAAAGCUGAAGUUACAUCACACUUCUCAUGCCAUCAGAAAAUCGUACAUAUGUACAGUUCCAGAAUGCAAGAAAAGUCUUUCAUCAAUGCAUUGUUUCAAAAGGCAUUAUACUAAUGUGCACAAUAUCAAGAAUCCGUAUGUGUGUAAAGAGAUUGGGUGCGAGCGGAGAUUCGAAAGGUUUAUGGACUUGAGUUCCCAUUAUAAGUUUGAUCAUAAGCAACCAUUGAUUGUUAGAUCAGCUCAUCAGGUUGGAGAAUCAUCAAGACGAAUGGAUUUUAGAGAAAGUGAUCUCGGAUUGACCGAAACGGACUGUCUGAAUAUUUCCGACGCGGGGUACGCAUGUGAUAUCAAAGGAUGUAAUUUGAAGUUCCGUAUCCGUCGAUUAUUAACCUUGCACAAGAAUACGUCUCAUUAG